UAAUCUUCCAACACACUUUAUCCUGUCAUUUUCGUUAAGUGAUUAAAUUUGCCUCCUGUUUGUCUCGGCAUUUGGUUAAUAUUUUUUAAAGCUUAGACCCAUGUGCUUUUGUUUUCUUUGGUCUUGAAAGAAGAGUCUGUAGAGAGGCCAAGGGAGAACGGAAAGCAUCUAUAAGUUACUGUAAACUCACUUGGUAACCCUUUUACCCCCAAUAGCUUAGGUGUUAUGCUUCUUUUUCUUCAUUUAUAUAGCAAGAGAGAAAGAAAGCAAUAAAACUUUCAUCCCCAACAGGCAACAGCACUGAAGAAAUGACUAAAGAAGAAGACUUUAAGCUCCUCAAGAUCCAGACUUGUGUGCUCAAGGUGAAUAUACACUGUGAUGGUUGUAAGCACAAAGUGAAGAAACUCCUUCAGAGGAUUGAAGGAGUGUAUUUAGUAAACAUAGAUGCGGAGCAGCAAAAAGUCACAGUUUCAGGUAGUGUAGAUGCUUCCACUUUGAUCAAGAAACUUGUUAGAGCUGGAAAACAUGCCGAGCUUUGGUCUCAAAAGUCCACUCAAAACCAAAAACAGAUGAACAACUGCAUCAAAGAUGCUAAGAACAACAAAAGUCAGAAGCCACUGUUGUACAAAGGUCUUGAAGCCUUCAAAAAUCCGCAAAAAUUUCCUGCUUUCAGCUCUGAAGAAGAAGAUGACUAUUUUGAUGACGAAGAAGAAGAUGAGGAAGAGGAUGAGCUGCGGUUUAUCAGGGAGAAAGCCAACCAACUGAAUCUGCUCAGGCAGCGGGCAAUUGAUGCAAACAAUGCCAAAAAAGGUGUUGCAGCUAUUGGUGCUGCUUCCAAUAAUGCAAAAAUGAACAAUGUUGGGAAUACUGGAAAUGGAAAGAAAGCCAACACAGAACAGAAUAUGGGAAUGAGGGCUAGUCCAGCUGGGAUUGAUCCGAAAACUCUGGCAGCUCUUAAAAUGAACAGUGCUCAUUUGGGUGGUGGGAACGUGAAUGCUGGGGAAGGGAGAAGGGUGAAUGACCUUAAUGGCAUGAUGGGUCUGGCUGGUUUUCAUGGAAAUGGGCUUAAUGUUGCUUCUGCUGGUGCUGCUGCUGCUUUAGGAGGAAAUUCCAAUGGUUUGGGAGGGUUUCAGGGUUCUUCUGCUGGGUUCCCUACUGGUGGAUAUGCCACCGGUCAAUACCCAUCAUCCAUGCUGAUGAACAUGAAUGGCCACAACCAUCCAUCACCUAUGAUGGUGAACAUGCAGGCCAGGAAUGCCAUGCAACAACCCCAAAUGAUGUAUCAUCGGUCUCCCUAUGUUCCCCCUACCACUGGCUAUUACUACAAUUAUUCCCCUAGCCCCAACCCAUACUCUUACACUGAACCUAAUCACACUGGUCGUAACUCUGCAGCCUACAUGUUCAGUGAUGAGAACACAAACAGCUGUUCGAUAAUGUAAUAAAAGGGUAAUAAAAUAAUAUGUAGAGAUAAAGUAUGGCGUUGACAUGAAAUCCUUUGUAAGUGGAGUUGGUGGUUUGACUGUAUUCUGCUGUCCGGAAGGGAUGGGUUAGGAUGGGUUGCUGCACAGAUCCUAUCUCUGUAUUGUGUAGUUGGUAAGGUUGUGUUCCUUUUUUUCUUUUU